UACAAGUCCCGGCAUUCUGUGCAGCAGCCCAGUUGUUGGACCCAGGGUGGGCUCCCGGGCUAAGCAGAGCCCGGGGCUCCAGCUGGGCUAGAAGGCGGAGGCCGGAGCCGCAGUGGAGACCGGCUUCCCCCGGGCUGGGGUGGGCAGCCGUGGCGGGAGGCGGCCCCGCAGCCUCUUCUCCUCUCCAAGGGGAGUUUCCAGGAAGUGGCCAUAUUGGAUCCAUUCAGCCGCAGCGACCCGAGCGGAGAGCGAGCCUCAGAGCCGGCUCCGAUCCCACGGUUCCCGUCUCCCAGCCUCCCUCGAGUCCGUCCAUGGCGGCUCCGGACCUGGAGCGCCGCUCGAAAGAAGAAAUGCGCCUUCUGACUCUGGGAGGCCAUGUGGGCUUUGACAGUCUCCCAGACCAGCUGGUCAGUAAGUCCAUAUCUCAGGGCUUCAGCUUCAACAUCCUAUGUGUGGGGGAGACAGGCAUUGGGAAGUCUACACUAAUGAACACACUCUUCAACACGAUCUUCGAGACAGAGGAGUCUGGACACUAUGAGGCCUGUGUACGCCUCCGGCCACGUACUUAUGACCUCCAAGAGAGCAAUGUGCACCUCAAGUUGACCAUCGUGGAUGCAGUUGGUUUUGGAGACCAGAUCAAUAAGGAUGAGAGUUACAGGCCUAUAGUUGACUACAUCGAUACGCAGUUUGAAAACUACUUGCAGGAGGAGCUAAAGAUUCAGCGCUCUCUGUUUGACUAUCAUGACACGAGGAUCCACGUCUGUCUCUAUUUCAUCACUCCUACUGGACAUUCCCUCAAGUCCCUGGACCUGGUGACCAUGAAGAAGCUGGACAGCAAGGUGAACAUUAUCCCUAUCAUUGCCAAAGCUGAUACCAUUUCCAAGAGUGAACUGCACAAGUUCAAGAACAAGAUCAUGAGUGAGCUGGAUAAAAAUGGGGUCCAGAUCUACCAGUUCCCUACAGAUGAUGAAGCUGUGGCAGAGAUCAAUGCUGUCAUGAAUGCCCAUCUGCCCUUUGCUGUGGUUGGAAGCACUGAUGAGGUAAAAGUUGGGAACAAACUGGUUCGAGCUCGGCAGUAUCCCUGGGGUAUUGUGCAAGUGGAGAAUGAGAGUCACUGUGACUUUGUGAAACUUCGAGAGAUGCUGAUCCGCGUGAACAUGGAAGAUCUCCGAGAACAGACACACAGCAGGCACUAUGAACUGUACCGGCGCCACAAGCUUGAAGAGAUGGGCUUCCAGGACACAGCUGCAGAGAGCAAACCCAUUAGCCUCCAGGAGACCUAUGAAACUAGGAGGAAGGAGUUCCUAUGUGAGCUGCAGAAGAAAGAAGAGGAGAUGAGACAGAUGUUUGUGAACAAGGUGAAGGAGACAGAGUUGGAACUGAAGGAGAAGGAGAAGGAACUUCAUGAGAGAUUUGAGACCUUAAAGAGGACCCACCAGGAAGAAAAGCGGAAGGUGGAGGAAAAGCGACGGCAACUGGAGGAGGAGAAAAUUGCUUUUAACCGGAGGAAGGCAGCUGUUGAGGCCAUGCAGGCCCAAGCCUUACAGGCCACCUCACAGCAACCGCUGAGAAGGGACAAAGACAAGAAAAAAACCAGUGGUUGGUCUUCCAUUUAUAGUGUCACCAUCUCUUGAUGGAGCAGUUUGUGCCGAUUUAAUGAAGCCCCACGACCCCAGCUACGUUGUAUUUAACUGUUCAAAGUUGAGAUGGCUACUUACAAGGUGCCUGCCCUAGGUGUAACCAAACAGUCUGGUAUAUGCGCUGUGCUGUGAAAUUCACUUGAAUUACUUUAAUUUUUCUAAUCAUAGUUUAAUUUUUCUAAGAAUUUUUUAAACACUUCUAAAUUUGUAUCUUGAUGCAAAUAAAGCCAAGUAACCUCCCCCCCAAUUAUUUCUUACAAAUAACACACUUCCCAUUAAAACAAACCACUAAAAUUCUCUAAGCUUUUCUUAUGUAUUAUUAAAACAUAUACAGAGAGACGGGUAAUAAACUUCAUAUUAUGACAGUGCUUGGAAUUUCUUUACUGACAAAAGUGAUACAUAAAGUAGGGUCCUUUCUACUGUGGGUGUAAAUGGAAUGACAGAUGAUAAUAGCAUUAUAGGUAUGACCAGUGGUACUUACUGCAAAUGGAAGAAUAAUUAGCACUGUGUCUUUUAAAAUUCUUAUUGUCAUUUGAGAUACAAAGUCUGUUCCAUAAACACCUAUAGAGAAGAAGCUAGUCAGCUAAAAGAGUAUGUUGAUAAUAUUCCUUCUAAAGUCAUAAUUUAGUGUUCGUGACUGAAAUGAAGAAGGAAAAUUAUGACAAUAUCUGAUUUAUACAAACAGUAUAGGAAUAGUCAGGAGCACUGACUUCUCUCAGCUAGCUGCAGAGACAGCACAGUUUGGUUUGCCCGAUAUUGGAGAGAUUGGGGUUAAAACCCUAAAGAGCAAGGCACUCAAACGUGCUAUUGGUUAUUAUGCUGAAAGGAAACAAAUGUCCUUUCUCCUUGGUGCCUUUAGAAUCUUUCAUUUAUUGUUUGGGCAAUGGUGUUUUUGUUUUGUUUUGUUUUUGCCAGUGCAGAGAUGUGGGUUUAUUGCAUAACUUUUAGUGGAUGGUCUCUAAAGAAAAAUAAAGUCUUUAUUCUUCUUUCUUUAUUUUCCCUCCCCUUCUCCCGUCUCCCUGCCCCAUACGCUCAUCUGACCUGUUUUAAGAAUUCCCAGAACAUAUUCUUGGGUUCUUCCUUGCUCCCAUCCAGGACAGUUUUCCACUUGUGCCUGGCUUUUGUUGCAUCUGUUCUCAGAAGCAGCAAUGGGAGCUGAGCUCACCCUGGGAUAGAGCAGACGUACUAAUUCUCAAGUUAUCUGAGAAGAGAGGUUAGCUAUUUUUUAUGAAUUUCACAUUAUUGUGAAAGCGGAGACCUCAAGAGAAAACAGGGCAAACACAUAUAUUAGACAGUCAUGGUAGGGUGGGACUUGUUGUCUCUCCUUUAAUAUUUUAGGUCCAAUUCAAGAGUUUGCUGAGCAAAAACCAUUAUGACUUGCUUCUCAGCUAAAUUUGUUGAAAAGUAGGAGGCCUAGUGGCUCAAUACAUUCACAGGUUCUGUAGAAAAUAGAACAAUGUGUUUAUUACUAGAUAGAGAGUGGGUGUGAAUCUUGGGACUUGAAAAAGAGCCAGAAGACCAGUCAGCAACUACUGGCUGCCCUUGUGAGGCCGGCAAUACUAGUUCUGGAAUGUGGAUAUCCAAAGGAUUGAGAUAUAAAUAACUGCAUCCUGAUUGGCUUCCCACAAGCACAUGGAUUCCAGAUGUUUCUGAUAGAAAAAAAAGUGAACUUUGAAGUUCCAUCCAGGCUGUCUUUGUUUCAUGAAACCUUAAAUCUCAGUCUCAUUAGCUAUUACCUGCCCCAUAGCAAGUCACACAUGUCAGCAUAAGCUUAUGUGCAUGUAUUAAUUUGUGUUUGGGUUUUUGUUGUUGACUUUUUGAUUGAGGUGUUUUGUUUUGGGGUUGUUUUCUUUUUUAAUUGAAACCUGACUAGUCGUCGUGGGUGCAUGAGGUGAGUUGAAAAUCUGUCUCAUUUAACAAUUUUCCAUUAUGGUAUGACACUAAUCCAAACGACUCUCUCAUUGCUUGACAUAUAAAGGGUGACUACCCAUUCCAAAGGGCCAUUUGUGGGGAAUGGAUGACCAAGGUUUACCAUCAGCAUAUGUCUAUUGCUUGGGAUUAUAAAGAUGCUUUUGGGGAUCACUUUAGCAUUUCCUAUCAUGUCUUUUGUGAAGUAAAUUUACAUGUAAAAUGAUUUUAGAUGAUUUUAAUUUUGCAGACUUUCUACAUGUGUGUGUUUGUAUAAAUGUGACCAAGACAGUAAACAUAAAAUGGUAUGAGUGUCAUUGUGUAAGGAGAAUGACUUUUGAUUUGUAACAUUAACAUGCUUUUCCAAACCGCUUCAUUCAUACAUUCAUUUGUUGACUGUUUUUGUACCUUUCUGUUCACCUUGUACUCAUUUCUUUUAUUAAAUUUCACAUUUUUUUGAG